GUUGGAUUAAUUAUUGGAACCCGCCAGGGCAGGUGCAAAGGGAAACCAGUCUAGAUAUGCGUUGCUAUUGCCUUUGGAAUCCAUUAACCAAACCAAAAUCCGGCAGCUGGGUUAGGUAUUUUUCCCCUUCUCUCAUUUGGAAACAGUCGACCGCUCGAAGUCCCCCAGCCCGUUCCGCAUUAUCCACCAUGUCAGCAAAAUCCCCCCCGGCCGACCUCCCAAUCCACGACUUUCCCUCCGCUCGCGACUUGGAAGCAUUCUUAGAAACCGAGCACAGCAAAAUUCCUGGGUUUUAUUUGAAGCUUGCUAAGAAAUCCUCGGGGAUCACCUCCGUCUCGGCCAGUGAGGCGGUGGAAGUCGCCCUGUGUUUUGGCUGGAUUGACGGGCGCUCCAAUGCGUAUGACCACGACUGGUGGCUCGUGCGGUACACUCCGCGUAGGACGAAAAGCCUCUGGUCCCAGAAGAAUGUUACCACUGCCCAGCAAUUGAUUGCGGAUGGCCGGGUUCGCCCCGCAGGCAUGAUAGCCAUACAAGCGGCUCAGGCUGAUGGGCGCUGGGAUCGCGCUUAUGACGGACCUGCUUCCAUCACUAUACCGGCUGAUCUUGCCGCAGCAUUCACAACUGAUCAGGCAGCGCACGGUUUUUUUGAAACCUUAAACCGAACUGAUCGUUAUACUGUGUUGCAUCGGCUGCAGACCACAAGUCCGGCGCAGAGAGCAAGGCGCAUUGAAGCACUGGUAAAGUCGUUGGCCAAGGGGGAAAUCUUGUCCAAAUUGCCCGCGAGUAAGGUCAAGGGCAAUAUGAAGGAAAGGCACAAGGGUGGGAUAACAAAGCAUACAGAAGCUUCCAAGUCUUCCAGACGUUCUAAAGAUCGCCCCCAGAGUCUUUCCAUGCGAGAAUUGCGUCCUCGCAAACCCCGUUCUUCGAGUUCCUGAGGUCGUUUCCUCCAUGAAUUAUUUCCAGCACAGCACUCGCAAUAUUCCUUCUUAGAACAAUUCCUCAUUGCUACGAAUCCAACCCCUCGUACGUAGCUCAUGUUUCCUAGUCACCAAUGAUACAAGUUCGAUUUUUUGCCGGCAUAUACCUUGUCUUUAGCGCUUAGUUCUCAGCAAUGUACCCCUGAUCGCAUAUUCCUACAUUUUUUGGGACCUAUGAGAGACCCAGCCAGAGCACUAGUCAGUUUAUUUAGACCCCCGCGAACAUCUUCCCUUUAUUCAAGGCCACGGAUAUUCAAUGUCCGAGUUCGAAGGUCAUUAAACCAAUCCUGAUAAAGAGAUCCAAUGGCAGCUACAGAUAAAACCUCUAUAUUCUCCUUUGCA